AUGUUCUAUGGGAAAGGAAUAUCCGAUUUGUUGCCCCAGCUGCAUGACAAAUAUGGCCCCAUCAUUCGUAUCGCGCCCAAUGAGCUUCACUUUGCCGAACCUGAGGCAUAUCAUAACAUUUACAAUGCCAAUAUUCGAUGGAACAAGGAUCCCUUCAUCUACCAUUCUUUUGGCGCCGAUGAUGCUUCGUUUGGGUAUCUGACAAUGGAGGAAGCGAAACCGCGCAAGGCUAUUCUGGCUUCCAUCUUUUCACGCAAACAAGUCAUAGACUUUCUCCCCUGCAUUCACGAACAGAUUGACCAUUUCUGCUCUAUCCUUGGUAGGAACGACCAGCAAGGUCAGAGCUCCAAUCUACUAUUUGGACCUCGCGCGUUGACGCUCACCAUUAUCACAAUCUUGAUGUUUGGGCAAGAUAUGUGGCAGGCGUUGGAAAGUCCGGAUUUCAAUUUAUCCAUCCUGCGAAGUCUAAAUGAUUCGCUCCCCGCAUUUACGAUCCUGAAAUGGUUUCCGUGGGUGGGGCAUGUACUCGAGUCCCUGCCCGUAUGGGUGAAUAAUUGGCUGUGGCCGUCACACGCCGGGCUUCGUCGGUUCCAGAGCGAGGUCAUGGAGCAGGUGGUCGCGAUCCGCAGCGGAGCCACAAAAUUGGAAAACUCGCGAUACCCGGUUAUCUUUCGCGAUCUUAUGGCUGCGCAGAUCCCCUUCACUUCCCUGUACAGCGAAGCCCAGACCCUACUUACUGGAGGCAUUGAGAACACCAGUAACACCGUCAUGUGGGGGAUAUGGCAUCUCUGCCACGACAAGCAACUCAUGGCCCAGGUCCAGGCUGAGUUACAGGCGAUAUGGCCUGAUCCCCAGGUUUACCCCCCACUUAGUGUGUUGGAGGAACUGCCCUUGUUUAUGGCGGUGGUCAAGGAAGCUCUGCGUCUGGCUCCUGGGAUCCCCCACCCGCUUACUCGUGUCGUGCCCGCGCAGGGAGUGAUGAUCAAGGGCCAAUUCAUCCCGGGGGGCACCGUCGUGGGGUCGAGUACUUUGAUGGUGAACCGAUCGGCGGCUCUUUUCGACGAGCCCGACGACUUCCGCCCUCUGCGCUGGCUGAAGCCCAACGCCAAGGAACUGAAUUCGCACCUGGUGGCCUUUGGGAAAGGACCGCGCGCCUGUAUGGGAAUCAAUUUGGCUAUGGCCGAAGUGCAUCUCAUCCUAGGUGCCAUACUCCGUCGCUUUGACAUCGAGCUGGUGACUCCAGGAAAAGAAGAUCUUGUCUGGCGGGAAUGCUUCAUUCCUUACUUCAGCCAAGAACCAGCUCGGGCAUUGUUCCGCCCUCGGGCUGGAGUCGUAGCGAUGUAAGGGGCAGUCGACAGCAGGUGAUAUUGGUUGUAGGAUUAGGGGUAUCGGGCAUUGUCCGCUUGGGUCAACGGGGCAAAAGAGAACUAGUCGACGAAGUGGAAAGAAUGCAUCUAUCAGAUAAUGCCAGUACUUG